CGUAGCGUCGGACGGAAGUGGGCGUGUCCUGUGUUUGUUGCCGGAAGUGACCCAGGGAGAGGAAAAGAGAACAUGCCGAAGGUGGUGUCUCGGUCGGUGGUGUGCUCGGACACCCGGGACAGGGAGGAGUAUGAUGACGGCGAGAAACCUCUCCAUGUCUACUACUGUCUGUGCGGGCAGAUGGUGCUAGUCCUGGAUUGCCAGCUGGAAAAACUUCCCAUGAGGCCUCGGGACCGAGCCAGACUCAUCGAUGUGGCAAAACACGCUCACAAGUUCUGUAAUGUAGAAGAGGAGGAAGCAGUGUAUCUGCGCAGACCGGAGGGGAUUGAAAGACAAUACAGGAAAAAAUGCAGCAAGUGCAACCUCCCCCUCUUCUACCAGCACUCUCAGAAGAAUAUCCCCGCAACGUUCAUCUUCAGUGGAGCCUUGGUGAAGUUUGGACAAGGGUUCGGAAAAACAAAUAUAUUCACUCAGAAGCCCGACCCCCCUAAAAAGGUGAUGAUGACCAAACGUACAAAAGACAUGGGCAAGUUCAGCUCGGUCACCGUGUCCACCAUCGAUGAAGAGGAGGAGGAGAUCGAAGCUAGGGAGAUUGCGGACUCCUACGCCCAGAACGCCAAAGUCAUCGAGAAGCAGCUGGAAAGGAAAGGAAUGAGCAAGAGGCGGCUGCAGGAACUGGCUGAACUGGAAGCAAAGAAAGCCAAAAUGAAGGGAACGCUGAUUGACAACCAGUUCAAGUAGAAGAGACGUCCCGAGCGAAGGCGACGGCGUUCUUGUGAGACUCGCCAGGCGUAACGCGCGGUUUUACAAGCUCAUUGACAGGUGUGCGCGACAGGAUGGAGCGCCUUCCUCUGUGAUUGCAUCCCGCUGGGAGGACAUCCCUACACCCCCUUGUAUCAAGAACGCUGGUGAAGGUGGGGGAGUGCUACGCCGAUUUGUAUAUACUCUUAAAUAUUUUAUAAAGAGGGGGGGCGUAACAUGUUGGGGGAGACAACAAAUACACCUCGUUGGGAGGGUAAUAGAUUAUUUUUUUGUAUCCGAAUUACAAUUACAUGGUCAUUUUUUCUUUUCCUGUAGGAUUUUUUAUUUUACGUGUAGAAAAAUGUAAAACCGUCAAAUAAAAACUGAUAUUCUUGGUUG